GGAAGGGGGGGAGUCAGCUCUGAGAGGAGGGGGAAGAAGGUUGGUGGCUGGCGUCCGCACUCACUGCCGGCGUCCCGGGUCUGGGCACCAUGUUCCUUGUAGGGUCUCCCAGCCACACCCUCCACCGGCUCCACAUAUUGCCGUUGCUGCUGCUUCUACAGACCUUGGAGAGAGGGUUGGGUCGUGCCAGCCCGGCCGGAGCCCCCUUGGAGGAUGUAGUCAUCGAGAGAUACCACAUCCCCAGGGUCUGCCCCCGAGAAGUGCAGAUGGGAGAUUUUGUGCGUUACCACUACAAUGGCACUUUCGAAGACGGGAAAAAGUUUGAUUCCAGCUAUGACCGGAGCACCCUGGUGGCCAUCGUUGUGGGCGUAGGCCGCCUCAUCACUGGCAUGGACCGAGGUCUCAUGGGCAUGUGUGUCAACGAGCGCCGCCGCCUCAUUGUGCCUCCCCAUCUAGGCUACGGCAGCAUCGGUUUGGCGGGCCUCAUCCCCCCUGAUGCCACCCUCUAUUUUGACGUGGUCCUGCUGGACGUGUGGAACAAGGCAGACACGGUGCAGAUGACCAUCCUCCUGCGCCCUCCCCACUGUCCCCGAAUGGUACAGAACAGCGACUUUGUGCGCUAUCACUACAACGGCACUCUGCUGGAUGGCACUGCCUUUGACAGCAGCUACAGCAGGGGAGGUACUUAUGAUACCUACAUCGGCUCUGGUUGGCUGAUCAAAGGCAUGGACCAGGGGCUGCUGGGCAUGUGCCCUGGAGAGAAACGGAAGAUCAUCAUCCCUCCCUUCCUGGCUUAUGGGGAGAAAGGCUAUGGGACUGUGAUACCCCCGCAGGCCUCCUUGGUCUUCUAUGUCCUGCUGCUGGAUGUCCACAAUCCGAAGGACACGGUCCAGCUGGAGACGCUGGAGCUGCCCCAGGGCUGUGUCCGGCGAGCUGUGGCAGGGGACUUCAUGCGUUACCACUACAAUGGCACUUUGAUGGAUGGCACCCUCUUUGAUUCCAGCUACUCCCGCAACCACACCUACAAUACCUAUAUCGGGCAGGGUUACAUCAUCCCUGGGAUGGACCAGGGGCUCCAAGGCGCAUGCAUAGGGGAGCGAAGGAGAAUUACUAUGCCCCCUCACCUCGCCUAUGGGGAGAAUGGGACAGGAGACAAGAUUCCUGGCUCAGCUGUUCUCAUCUUUGAUGUGCACGUCAUUGACUUCCACAACCCUGCGGACCCUGUGGAAAUCAAGACACUGUCCCGGCCUCCUGAGAGCUGCAAUGAGACAUCCAAGACAGGGGACUUCAUUCGUUACCACUACAACUGUUCUCUGCUGGACGGCACCAGGCUCUUCUCGUCCCACGACUAUGAGGCUCCUCAAGAGAUCACCCUUGGAGCCAACAAAGUGAUUGAAGGUCUGGACAGGGGCCUGCAGGGCAUGUGUGUAGGAGAGAGGCGGCAGCUCAUUGUGCCCCCACACCUGGCCCAUGGGGAGAGCGGAGCCCGGGGUGUCCCUGGCAGUGCCGUGCUGCUAUUUGAGGUGGAGCUGGUAUCCCGAGAGGAUGGCUUGCCCACAGGCUACCUGUUUGUGUGGUAUCAGGAUCCUCCUGCUAGCCUUUUUGAAGACAUGGAUCUUAAUAAAGAUGGAGAAGUACCCCCAGAAGAGUUCUCCUCCUUCAUUAAGGCUCAAGUGAAUGAAGGCAAAGGACGCCUCAUGCCUGGGCAAGACCCAGACAAAACCAUAAGUGACAUGUUUCGGAACCAGGACCGAAACCAGGACGGCAAGAUCACAGCUGAGGAACUCAAGCUGAAGUCAGAUGAGGACCAAGAGCGGGUCCAUGAGGAACUCUGAGGGCCAAAGUGUCAAGUCUGACCUCAGACACAAAGGCCCGAGGCUUGGGGGCAGUGGGCAUGGAACUGGCCUGCCAACAGCCCUCACUCCCUCAGUGAGAAUAACUCUGGGAGACAUUGGUUGUCAGUGGAGACUGCUGUGACCUUCCUACGGGCCAUGGCUUCCAGUCCUCAGCACAGACCUCUGCAUUGUUCUUUUCCGACCUUAAGCCUCUUUCUUUCUUUUUUUUUUUUUUUGGUUUUUCGAGACAGGGUUUCUCUGUAUAGCCCAGGCUGUCCUGGAACUCACUCUGUAGACCAGGCUGGCCUCGAACUCAGAAAUCCACCUGCCUCUGCCUCCCAAGUGCUGGGAUUAAAGGCGUGCGCCACCACCGCCCGGCAAGCCUCUUUCUUAAGGUUCUUGUGAUAGCUCCAGUUCAGGGAGGGGGCACUGGGGUUUGGUUAGGGCCACUGCUGACUCCCAUCCUCCGUCACUAGGCUCAGCAAGACUGAGCUCCUUGGUCCUUCACUUCCCCAAAUGUGCCCUUUAUUUGUACCGUCCUGUCCCAUCUCCCCGUCCCUGCCUGUCCCCAUUCCCUCUGUCACGGCAGCUCUGCAGGGGCAUGAUGAAUCUGGGUGAGGAGAGCCUGCAUUCUCCUGCCUCAGCUCUACCUGCUCCUCAGGAAGGGGUAGCUCCAGGAACAUAAUCCUGCCAGCCACCCUUCUCCCCUGUCUCCUCCCAAGCCACCAAGGUCAGGUCUUUCAUCAUAAAAAGUUUUCUCUAAAAUGAAAGGUCGUGUAAUAGGAGAGCCUGCUCAGGCUUGAAGGCUUCAAAAACCUGCACUUGGUGCUAAUCUGAUGGGAGGAAGGUGGGCAGAGUCUUGGACUCAAAGGCUAAACUGAUCCAGUCCUUUCUCCUUUGUAUCAAUAAAAGGUUAAACUGAAGGCCUCAAGAAGUGGACAGA